UACCCACAAGCUGAAAUGAAUUUCAAAAAUGUGAGAGUCACACAAAAGAGGCAGUGUGGAAGCUGAACUGCAUCAUCUUAACAAAGCUAAGAGCUAAAAUAGCCUACAAUGCGAGAGAUGCUAGUCGUAACAAGAAUAUUAUCGUUUUAACAGCUGAAAUUAUAGUUGGGAUAGUAAUAGCAGUAGCAGAUGUAGCCUACCAUUGAGUGCGUUUACUCGGCUUUCUUAGUAGGAUUCAAUGUGUUGAUGGAAUGAAACAUACAGCAGUAGGGCCGAUACAGGAAGACACGGCGACACUUUGUUGCAGAAGGAUGAUGGUGCAAGUUUUGUCCGUGGAGCAUACAAUGAUUAAUAAAAAAGAAUCAUGUAGACACGUUUAUUGAGUAAUCGCAUAACUAAUUACACAUGUAAACGGAGUAAUCGUAUUAUUGGCAUAAACAACAAUUGCUAAUAAUCGGGUUUCUCAUGGUCAAGUAAACGUACUAAUCACCUAUUUGAGAGACUGAGUGGUGCGUGUCUGUCGUUGCCACGGUGAUGGUGCAGCUAUGAUUGCUAACGCGCUGAGAGCAGAGAAUAACAGAAAUGUAGCUAGAAUCCACAUCUCAAACAAGUUAACCUAGACGCAAAACUAUACGUCCAAUCCAAAAAAUAAGGAUAUUUUCCGAGACCCAAGACUCUGCCUAAACCAGAGAUGUCCUUUAUAUGUCUGUGCUUUAUAUGUCUGUGUUUCAAAAUCUUGUUCUUUUUGCUUUCCCUGACGAUUUUGUCACCAGAUUUGCAUUGGUCUCUAUGGGGCGAGAGUUGGACUUUGUCUCGCUUUCGUGGGGCUCUGAACAAAUGUGUACGUCUGUUGGAUUCAACAGACAACUGUCUACGACCAGCACAAAAUUAGCUAUCUAUUGAUCCAAAAACGAAGCAUGAAGAGCGAAAAUUGUUAGCCUGGCUGCCAGCCCAACUUCGUCCCGCCCACAAAAAAAUUUGGUCGGGAAGUUGGGUCUGGAGGGUCUCGUAUUGGGGACAACUACAGAAAACCAGAAUCUGGGCGGACCAAUGAAAUUGCCAGGGCGGGCUUUAUACGAUGAUGGACAGAUGAUCAACAGUAACGUAAUCACCCACGUCACAAAAGAGCGCUUAAGUUGAAUUCGUUUUGAACAAACAUGGCUACCGCUGGAGAUCUGGGAUGUUAUGAUUCUGCCAUCGAGUCUGUUUUAGAAGACAUCGACAGCGCAUUAAUUUUGAAAGAGGAACAGAGAAACGCAAUUAAGGCAUUUGUCGAUGGAAAAUAUGUUUUUGCCGUCCUUCCCACGGGAUUCGGUAAAAGUUUAAUUUAUCAGCUGGCCCCGAUGGUCGCGAAGAAGAUGGGACACAAUGAAAACCCAGUGGCCAUUGUGGUUUCUCCUUUGGUUGCUCUCAUGGAGGACCAAGUGAAAGAGGCGACCGAAUUGGGAAUCACGGCGAUGCAAUUCGGCGUGCACAACAAGGUGGAUAUUACCAGUGGUCGUUGCCAGCUCCUUUUCGGAAGCCCGGAAUCCUGGCUGCUGAACAAGAAGUGGAGGGACAUGCUAGGCUCCGAUGUUUUUCAAGCCAACGUAAUGGGUAUCGUCGUGGAUGAAGUUCAUCUAACUUACAAAUGGGGUCAGGGUGCAAAAGGGCAGACGGCAUUUCGCGAGAGCUUCGACAAGUUGGGAGAACUAAGAACCCUAGUUAAAGCUGGUACACCUGUGCUGGCAUUGACUGCUUCUGCUGAUCGGCAAUCCAUAGCCAGGGUUAUGAAACGGCUUCAGAUGGACAAUCCAACUGUUUUGGCUCGGAGCCCAAACAGAACAAACAUCAGACUGGGUCUGAUUAAAGUACCUGUCCAUGCACUGGACUGCCUAGACUGGAUUGUGAGGGAUGUUAAAGAAAAGGGUAUCUCCAUAUUGCCAGUUAUUAUCUACUGCAAAACUGUGAAGGCAGUUGGCAGAGUGUUCUGCCAUUUGAAGGGGUAACUCGGUGAAGAUUCCUGGGUUGACCAAGACCCUGAGAAAAAGACUGAAAACCUGCUGAUAGGUAUGUUCCACAGCCAGACACUCCCUCAGAAUAAGAACAGAAUGCUGUAAUCUCUGAGUGGACAGGGUAGCUGCCGAGUUGUCGUGGCAACAACUGCUCUUGGGAUGGGCUUAAAUUUUCCCAACGUAUCACACAGUGAUGUAUGGGUUACCAGACGAUGUGGAAGCCAUGGUUCAGCAGGUCGGGAGGGCAGGCAGAGGUGGGUUGCAGGCACAUGCGAUUGUUUAUGCUGUCAAACAGCAUACAAAGCUAGACCCAGCAGUUAAGACAGUACUUGAGACUGGAGUCAAUAGUUGUCUGCGGAAAGCUUUGUACUGCCAUUUCGAGGAACACACCACAUCUGUUGAUCCAGGACAUCUGUGCUGCACCCACUGCCAUUCUGUUUGUUCUUGUGAACCUGAAGGUUGUGGGGAGCCAAUCCCUAAAUAUGAACACUUUCAAGGGGAGGUGACCUGACAAACCCAGAAUGGUCACACCUGAGGACAAACUUUUAAAUCAGGGACCUGUUACAGACCUACAGGAGUAGUUUACUUCGGGACCAUACAAACAUACGACUUUACACAGUCGACACAGCCUGCACUGGUUUUGGAGAUGAACUCAUUGAUGCGGUUUUAGAACAGUGUACACAGAUAUUUGAUCUGGACUUCAUUAUCCAUAAUCUCCCUAUAUUCAAACUGGAACAUGCAAAAGAAAUACUAAGAAUUAUGCAUGAGGUCAAACUAAUUUGUUUGAUGACAGUGUUGUUCAGGAUGACUGUUUAGGUUGACAUGUACUACACUGGUUACUUUGAUGAAGAGGAUGAGAAUGAUGAGAUACAAUCAUCACCAAGUAGCUCGUUAUCAGGCUUGUCAAUGUUGAAGAUCUCAGACUAGCUUCAAAUUCAGCCUCAAACUUCUAGCUUCAGGGUCCUGUUGUUUUUUUUUUACCUCUGUUAUAGUAAUAUUUUGAAUAAAAUGUACAUUGUUUAUACUU